UAUUUUUCAGUUUAUUUUUUUUGGCCAAAUUGAUACAAGCAGUAGUGUGUGUGUGCCUGCAUACGUGUGUGAGCGUGAGAAUUAUUAAACAAAAACCAAGAACAAGAUUAUCCAAUAUCAAAGUGCAAUAAUAAAAUACAUUCGACGCGCCACGCAAAAUUUAUUCCUGCAUGGAGGACCAAACGCAUACAUAGAGAACAUACACAUACACAUACACGCGCGCGCGCAUAUAGUAUGUUGCCAAAACAAAUUGUGAUUUAACAAAAUUAAUGCAAACGCACGCAACGUUGCCAGCAGCGCCAAUAAAUAUAAAAUACAACAACAAGAAUCGUGACAGCAGCAGCUGAGGGCUUAGCAACUACAACAGCAGAGAGACAGCCGCGAAAAGUGAAAGAAAAGGCAAACGAAACAAUUUGCUAAAGAAAAAACCGUGGCAAAUAUUACACACACACAAACAGAUGCAUACAUUCACAUGUGCUAAUGCAAGCAACAAUCUAAAGCGGAAAGGAGGAAAACAUUAAAUUUUAGCAAGGGCUGCAGGCUCCGGUUAAAUAUCGAUUUUAUAGCACUCUGCAUGCCUCUCUUGUUCAUCAAGUUCCCCAUAUAUGUGUGUGUGAGAGUGAGAUAUAUAUAUACAUAAUACGUAUAUGUAUUAUAUGCAGAAAACAAUUUAAAAAAGACAAUUGUUGUAAUUUCGAUACCGAUAACGACAGCGCGCUAACAAAUUUGCAGCUAUUUCGAGUGUUAUCAAUAUCAAAGACCUAACAGAAACAACAACAACAACAACAACAACUGUUUAACAUAGCCGGCGAUUGCUGUAGGUGCUGCGGCGUUUACUUUUUUUUUUGUUUUUUCUUCAGUUUUUUUUUAAAUAUAUAUUCUACGAAAACGUGCAUUGCGUUUAUCAGGACAACGCAACACUUGCGUAUAACAAGUUAAGUUUAUAUUUAAUUUACAAUUUGGUAAGAAGUGAAAUUCUUACCAAUGUUUUCGUUGCUACAAAUGAAAUUCCAUGGACUGCUGUUGCUGCUGUCAAAAGUAUGGACAUGUAUUUGCUUCAUGUUCAAUCGCCAAGUGCGAGCUUUUAUCCAGUAUCAGCCGGUUAAAUAUGAACUAUUCCCGUUAUCGCCCGUAUCACGGCAUCGCCUGAGUUUGGUUCAACGCAAGACGCUCGUACUGGAUCUGGAUGAAACGCUUAUACACUCACAUCACAAUGCAAUGCCCAGGAAUACGGUUAAGCCGGGUACGCCGCACGACUUUACCGUUAAGGUCACCAUCGACAGGCAUCCGGUGCGUUUCUUUGUACACAAGCGACCGCAUGUCGACUACUUUUUAGAUGUGGUCUCACAGUGGUAUGAUCUGGUAGUAUUUACGGCCAGCAUGGAGAUAUAUGGCGCUGCAGUUGCCGAUAAACUGGACAAUGGCCGCAAUAUUUUGCGACGUCGCUAUUAUAGACAACACUGUACGCCCGACUAUGGCUCAUAUACCAAAGAUCUGUCAGCCAUAUGCAGCGAUUUGAAUAGAAUUUUUAUAAUUGAUAAUUCGCCCGGCGCAUAUCGUUGUUUUCCAAACAAUGCGAUACCAAUUAAAAGCUGGUUCUCAGAUCCCAUGGACACUGCUUUAUUAUCUUUGCUUCCAAUGCUGGACGCACUGAGAUUCACCAACGAUGUGCGUUCAGUAUUAUCCAGAAAUUUACAUCUGCAUCGUUUAUGGUAGCAGCUUAGACGCCACCAUGCAUAAAAAUCGCUUCGAAUCGAGAACAAUUUGAGCAAAUGC